AUGGCCUCCAAGCAGUCACAUCUCGCAGAAGACCUGUCAUGCCCCAUCUGUGGAAACAUCCUACAAAUGCCCGUAGUGCUGUUUUGCAGACAUCGCUUCUGUAAACUCUGUCUGGAGAGCCUGUGGAAUGGUGGAGGAUCUUGCGAAUGCCCCCUUUGCUGUCAGCCAUCAUCUAUGGGGGAGCUCAUAGUCAACACCACGCUUGAAAAGACCUGCGAGGGCUUUCUGGAGCACUGCAAAAAUGACCCUCUUGCGUGCAAGGAGCAUGGUGAGACCUUGACGCUCUUUUGUUUGGAGGACCUGGAACCCACUUGUAGCAAAUGCAAAUCAUCUGCCAAUGCCAACCACAAGGGGCACAGGUUAUAUCCCUUAAAUGAAGCUUCACAUGACUGCAAGGAGGAACUCAAAAAUGCUUUGAAACCACUUCAGCAAAAACUGAAGCUCUUUCGAAAAGCAAAACGCACUUGUGAGCAAACAAUAGAUCAUAUUAAGAGUCAGGCAGAGAACACAGAGAGGCAGAUACGAGAGGAGUUUGAGACACUGCACCAGUUCCUGCGAGACGAGGAGGCAUCCAGGCUUUCCAUGCUAAAGCAGGAGAAGGAUCAGAAAAGGCAGAUGAUGAACGAUAAGAUUGAAGAUUUGGAGAAUGACAUCACUUCACUUAGCAACACUAUAAGAAUUGUUGAACAGGAGAUGAGAUCUCAGGAUAUACCAUUCCUCAAGAAUUAUAAAGACACCAUAAAGAGAACCUGGCGUAUUCCCCAGGAUCCAGAGAUGAUAACUGGUUCACUGCUUGAUGUAGUCAAACAUCUAGGCUCAUUAAAGUUUAAAGUCUGGGAAAGAAUGAUGGAAAUCAUUCAAUAUACUCCAGUGACUCUUGAUCCAAACACUGCGGCAAGCUGCUUCCUCCUGUCAGAGGAUCUGACUACAAUACAGUGCUGCUCUCAGACCUUUAAACUCCCAGAAAACCCUGAGCGCUUCGAUAUAGGUGCAGAGGUGCUGGGCUACGAGGGCUUCAGCUCUGGGCGACACAGCUGGGACGUGGAGGUCAAAAACAACACCUACUGGGUCAUUGGAGUUGCAAGCACAUCCAUCAGCCGGAAGGGAAAGCACGUGUUGACCCCUGCAGAGGGAUUCUGGACCAUUAGGCUACGAAACGGAGAGUAUAAAGCCUGUACUGCCCCAUGGUCCCCUCUCACUAUGACUAAGGAGCCGCAGGUGGUGAGGAUCGUAUUGGACAUGAACAGGUCCAGGGUGACUUUCUACGACCCACGGGAGAGAACGCCUCUGUUCACCUUCACGGACAUCAUCACUCCGAGAGCAUUCCCAUACUUCUGCAGCGCCUGUAAGGAGCACCCACUGAAAGUGUUGCCAGCGUGGAUCUCUAUUAAGACAGACUGAUGUGAAGAACGUCCCUCUCAGCAUUUCUUUCCUCAAGUCUCACCUCUCAUGUUAAGCCCAGCUCACACUGUGCGAAUUUGGCCACGAUUUGGUCGUCUGAGACAAAUUUUAAAAAUC